GAUUGUAAAGAGCUGGAGGAGAAAGAUGGCCGAGGGGGGAAGACUGAUAAUUUGAAGACUUGCCAGGGUUACAUUGUCAAAUUCAAAAGGCAUUUCAAAGAACCAAACCAUUCACUUUUUCAUUCUCUCUUCUUUUUUCUUCUUUCUCUGUCUUUUUUCUUUCGCUUUCUUUCUUUUCGCACCGUUGCAGGCCGUUUGAAUCGACCAAUGGGCCUUCAAGUUAGAGACAUUGGAAUGUAAAUGAGCCCAGCGCGUGCUCCCGGCGCAGUGAAAGCUCGGGAUUGUUUAUUGAGCUCCCGGAGCCACGCGCCUGGCCCGGGGGAGUCGGCGUGCAGAAGAAUCACACAGCGGGGGCGGGGCCUCGCUACGAAGCGUGCGUCUCCGAAAAGGGGUGGGUGGGGUGUGUGUUGGGGCGCGUGUUGAAAAAGAGGAGUGCUGCCAAAGUUUGGGUCAGAUCGGCUCGUGGAGUAAAAGCAGUCAAGAGAGACUUGGACUAGAGUUAGCCACACGGUCCCCACGCGAAGGACACGAGAGCUGUACACUGCCAACCCUUUCCACUCUUCCUCCUCUUCUUGUCCUACUGUUAGAGGCUGCAGUCGCCCUCUGCAUCCAUCACUUCAGAACAACUGUCAGCGAGAUGGAAACUACAACCAUCACCACCACGCAGACUGCAUUCACCUUUGGACUUACUGAAAGACGCGCCAGCCUCAGCCUGCACGCCCCGGCCCAGGACUGCGCAGUCCCCGCCGUGCACCCCAACACCAGCGCUGCCGGCUACCAAAGCAAAACCAAGGUGCUGAAGAGACAGCGCUCCAGCUCACCGGAGCUCCUGCGCUGCAAGCGGCGCCUGAGCUUCAACGGCCUCGGCUACUCCAUCCCUCAGCAGCAGCCCGUGGCCGUAGCCCGGCGGAACGAAAGAGAGAGGAACCGGGUCAAACAAGUCAACAUGGGUUUCCAGACGCUGCGUCAGCAUGUGCCCAACGGCGCCGCCAAUAAGAAGAUGAGCAAAGUGGAGACCCUGAGGUCUGCGGUGGAGUACAUCAGGGCUUUACAGCAACUUCUGGACGAACAUGACGCUGUGUCGGCUGCUUUCCAGUGCGGGUUGCCAUCCCCGACACUUUCCAACAGCUACUCCGCAGACCCGGAGUCGCCUCACUCCACCUAUUCAUCAGAUGAAGGUAGUUAUGAGCCUCUGAGUUCUGAGGAACAGGAGCUGUUGGACUUUACAACCUGGUUCGACAGGUACUGAGGCUCACAGCAUCCAAACCACACAGCAGCGUCUGUGCGUAAAAGCGGCUGACUUCUUUCAGAAAUGCUGACAGACACUUGAUAAAGGCAUCAGAUCAGUCUUGCCCUCUGUGCAUGGAAGUGAUCUGUUGCCUCCCUCCCUCACCCGGGCUGCUUCUGCAGGAGCAAAGCAAUAGUGAGAAAGAGAGAGAGUGUGUGUGUGUGAGAGAGAGAGGGAGCCUCUUGUUGCAUAGAGCAUGAAUAGUGGCCCUGAAGUCCCCACGAGGAGGAGGGAGUUGGACUCAGUGUCACGUUGACGCGUGGAAGUAAAGAACUGUUGAUGUUAUGUUUGAAUAAGUGCAAUUAAUACGUGACACAGCAGGCUCUGCGGAGAGAGGUGCUGCAGUUCCAGAGGACUUGCUUGAUGAGUGUUUCAUCAGAGCAGGACUGCCUUCCUCAUGCUGCCACGUCUGUUGGAAGACAUCAACAAAGAUGAUGCGUCAACAGACUUUUUCGUGAUGUACACGUUUCCCCCCUUUCAUAACAAAAUUGUAUCAUACAACGAAUUGUUUUAACAUGAAGACAUAUUUUUGUACAUUGAGUCAAACAAACAAUGUUCUUGAACAACAGUCACUGCCACUUUUCCUGACAGCGUUUUGAGAACCAGCUGUCAGUGAGGCAGUGAGUUGACAUGUAUGGGUUGUGUGACUGGACAGCAAUAUCAAGGCUACUACCUGUGACUGACUGUAGUUGUUGUUUUUUUAAUAGGUGGUAAGGAGACCUUUAUUAAUGUAUGCACUUGUUCUCCGUUUCCUGUAGCCUAAAAUGUAAAUAUUCGAUUUUAACAGAUAUAUUUUGUGUAAAACGAGUUUUAUAAAUAAAAAUGAAUCUAUUUAUAUUA